GCAGGUUCUGCCGUCAGUCGGGGGAGGAGUCGGGCAGGACAUGGCUGCAGCUGAUCGGAUGAGCUGAGCUCCCCCAGCCGGGGCCUGUAAUCACCCAUCGGGGAUCCGGAUCUACACAGCACGGGCCUAGGACCCUGCUCCCGGGCACCGAAUCGCCCCCUCCCGGCCCAGGCCAGCCUCGGCCUCGUGCUUUCCGUGUUUACAUUGGCAGCCUCCGAGUAAUCUCUCGCUGGUAAUUUGCAGUUUUGCGGCACAGAAAUCACAGGGCGUUUUACCAUGUCGUUUAGCGGGGAAAUGGCAGAGGGCAAGACGGACAUAACCAAUGAUAGCUUUUCCAGCAGUCCUGAAGACAUGUCUGGUGCUGAAGAAGGGAAGGAGAACUCGUCCGGCAUAGAAGUGGAGGCCUCUGACGUCAGCUUGAGCCUCACAGGCGAUGACACUGGUACAAACAGAGCGGAGAGUAGAGACAGUUGCUCGGAGAGCUCAGUGGAGGAUAAAGACUCUGACAGUAUGGACGAUACAGGUCACUAUUCCAUCAACGAUGAGAAUCGGGGAAAUGACCGCUCCCAUUCUGAGGAUGACGACGAUGAUGAGGAAGAGGAGGAGGAAGAUCGUCUCCGUAAAAGAGGCCAACGAAAGCGGGCCAAUCAUGAUCAGGACUCUUCCGAUGAUGAGAAAGCCCUGGAAGACUGGCUGGCCUCUGAGAAAACUCCCCUCUCCCUGCCCCGUUGGCGGGCUUUACGGGCCCUCAGGCAGCGGGAGAUUGGUAGCAGCGAUCGCUUCAUAUAUGAUGCCAGUGGGGCGCGAGGGUUCGUACAGCGGUUCCGCCUCUUGCAUGGCCUGGACGGGCACAUUGGAUGCGUCAACACACUGCACUUUAACCAGCGAGGCACCUGGCUGGCAAGUGGCAGCGAUGACCUCAAGGUGGUGGUUUGGGACUGGGUGAAGCGGAAACCCGUGUUAGAGUUUGAAAGUGGCCACAAAAGCAACGUAUUUCAGGCAAAAUUCCUGCCGAACAGUGGCGACUCCACGCUGGCCAUGUGCGCCCGCGACGGGCAGGUGCGCGUUGCAGAGCUCUCAGCCACUCAGUGCUGCAAGAACACAAAGCGGGUGGCCCAGCACAAAGGGGCCUCACACAAGCUCGCCCUAGAACCAGACUCCCCAUGCACUUUCUUGUCAGCCGGCGAGGAUGCUGUUGUCUUCACCAUCGACCUACGGCAAGACCGGCCUGCCUCGCGGCUAGUGGUCACAAAGGAGAAGGAAAAGAAGAUCGGACUGUACACCAUCUACGUUAAUCCAGCCAACACUUACCAGUUUGCUGUGGGAGGACGAGACCAGUUCGUCAGGAUCUACGACCAGCGGAAAAUCAAUGAGAAUGAAAAUAACGGCGUCCUGAAAAAGUUUUGUCCUCAUCAUUUGGUAACGAGUGAGGUAAAGGCAAACAUCACCUGUCUUGUAUACAGUCACGAUGGAACAGAGCUUCUCGCCAGCUACAACGACGAAGAUAUCUAUUUGUUCAAUUCCUCCCACAGCGACGGCGCGCAGUACGUCAAGCGGUAUAAAGGGCAUAGAAAUAACGCCACAGUGAAAGGAGUGAACUUUUACGGGCCGAAGAGCGAGUUUGUGGUAAGCGGCAGUGACUGCGGACACAUAUUCCUCUGGGACAAAUCAUCCUGCCAGAUUGUGCAGUUUAUGGACGGCGAUAAGGGAGGCGUGGUCAACUGCUUAGAACCGCACCCCCACCUGCCUGUCCUUGCAACCAGCGGGCUAGACUACGACGUCAAAAUCUGGCUCCCCACAGCCAAGGACCCGACUGAGCUGGACGGACUGAAAGAGGUGGUCAAGAAAAACAAACGGGAGAGAGACGAGGACAGCCUCCACCACGCAGACUUAUUCGACAAUCACAUGCUGUGGUUCCUUAUGCACCAUCUCCGCCAGAGAGGGCGCCACAGGAGGAGAAGAGAACCCGGCUUGGGCACGACUGAAGCUGAAUCGGACGACUCUCCCAGUACCUCGGACAGCUCAGACGAGGACGAGGACGGCCCUGAUCGAGUUCAGUGCAUCCCGUCAUGAGCCUGCUCUUCCCCCACUUCCCACUCUAGUUUUGCGUGGAGCAUCCUUCUCUUCCCCCGAGGGAGGGGCGGGAGCACUUUACUAACGGACAUUUUUCAGCUUUUUAUUAAAGAUCUAGGACUAAGUUUAAGAACCCACGCUGUUCCUCUUCUGCCCAGUUUUGUUUUCUUUGGAAAGGGGCAAUCUUUGAAUUGCAUAAUUGCACUUUGCGUUUACUGGCUUGAGUGCGCGCAAGCAGACGGCGGAGCCGAUGGCGGAACACAGUGAACACUACCAGCAGUUUAAGCGCCUUUGGCGCCGAGAGAAGAGAGGGACGAUAGAAAUGAGAAUACAAUAAAAGUGAGCGGCUUAUGGAAGAGUAAGCAUUAUUUUUGUAAGUGAAAUUUUUUGUUUUUGUUUUUUCCCAUUUCUAGAGAAAAAGCAGCCAUCUUAAGCCAGAUUGUACACCUCAAUUUUCUCCCCUUUCUUUUCUUUGGCUAUCUCAUCCACCAGCUGGGAUUUCAGUAAAUCCCGUACCGUUUCCCACCCGCUUUUACCAUCCCUCAUGCAACCCAGUAACCCGCACCGAGUCUUAAGUUUUAAAUGACGCGUGGAUUCAGUUCUUGAUGCAUGACGCAGGAAAACAGAUAUUUGUGCAUCCAUUGCUCGUGUGUUUGAGUUGAGUGACUGUUUUUGAAAUGUAACCAUUUUAAUCCCCCACCCUUACGAGACACCAUAAAGAAACAAAAUUCAGUCUGUAACGAAUACUAGGUCAUUUAUGUGACAGAGAUUGUGCCAUGGCGUUGGUAAUCUCCAUUAAGGUGUAGUCUGUAGACUGCGGAUGUGGACGGUCUUUCUGGCCCUAACCCGUAUCCAUGAGCCUUCAGCCUAUUGGUUCACUAGGAGGUAUCAACGUCACAGAGUGGUGUGAGGCGCCAUGUACCUCGCACAUCAGGGAUGCCUUGUGUAUAUAAGGAAUCAAUAGGCUGCAUAUUGAUUGCAAUGGCCCACUAACCAUAUGUAGAUAGAACAUUUUUGCCCUGCAAAAGCCCGUAUCAGCUUCAGCUGAGGCAUCCGCAAGCAGCCGUGGAAAUGGGCAUCCUUCGUAAAUCUUAAUUUGUUAUAAAAAUCAUUCUUGCUCCAUUCUAAGUUGACAAUGCAGGUAUUAUAUUAAUGUACAUGAAGCGAUACCUACCCUUCUUAUUUUGGAUAAUUCACCACAUUUCAUUGCCGUGACAAAUAGACACGUGUACAUCUCUACAUUAUUUCUCCAGAAGAGCCCCCCACCCCAACCUGGCAGGAUAUUGAAUAUAUACUGCAACUGUUUGCACUUUUCAGGGUUGUUUGUUUUCGUUCUUUUUUUUUUUCUUUUCUUUUUUCGUUUUCAUUAAACCUCUUAUUAAAAAAUUAAAAAUGUACAAAGGAAAAUCCAAAAUAAAAAAAAUCCCAAAAAAAAAAUUUAAAAUUGUGCAUUUAUAAAUAAAAAAAAAUGUCAAAAAAAUAAAUAAAUUUCUGGCUGAACCAAACUUGAGGAUUUUGAGGCAGUAAAUGGCUUUGCUUUAUCACUGUUUUAUUAAUCUGAAUAUCGAGCUGGAUGUUUAUGAAGUUGCAAAUUGUUAAGUUUAAACAAAUGAAUAUUAUAUAUUAUAUAGAAAUAAAUGCAAUAAGAAGUUAA